AUUAUGCCGAGAAUCCUAUGAACUACGGCCCAGAUCCUCUAUCAAUCCUCCUUCAGUCCCAGUCCAUCUUACCUGUCUUCGUAGCCGCUGGGUUGGUGCUGUUUGCGGUACUUUCGAACAUUGCCUCUGUUGCCAAUAUGCUGUUUGAGAAUUUGGGUUUAAGCUAUGUUAUGGACUGGAUAGGGAACAUUCUAAGGCUUAAUGGAGAUGACCUUGAUGUUCCUGGUGAAAAAAACGACAAUGUUGUUGAGCUACGUUCCAGAGAUGGCCUCAGACUACUGGGACGUCAUCCCACAGAGUCACAAGACCAUCAAUGGUAUCCUGGGCUUGUCAAUGUCUCGGGGACAUACUGCUUCAUGAACUCAGUGUUACAGGCGUUCUCCUCUCUCUCGUAUCUUCAACCUCAUGUCGAGGAGGUGUACUCGAGGGCGGAGGCUCAUGAUAUCCCGACCCCAGUGACAGAUGCAGUACGCAAUGUUCUAAAACUUCUCAACACGCCAUCUAGUUCUCGGACAUCUCACCGCCCUAUCGAGAUAAUCAAUGUUCUCUCAGCGCCCUCCAAUGAUGGUAAGCGCAGCCUACUCUUCUCGUCCCGCGAACACCAGGAUGCGCAGGAGCUUUUCCAGCUGCUGUCAAGUCUGAUGAAGGAUGAAUCGCUCGCGGUACAUCGGGAGGUUCGACGAGAGCAAGGACUCAGUUCGGCACUUAUUUCUGAUUCUGCGCGUGGUGGUUUUAGCCCAAUCCGCGUCACAAAAUCCGUCUUCGAUGGACUGACCGCUAAUCGUAGGAGCUGCAUGGUUUGUGGGUAUACAGAGGCGGUGAUGCAUUUUGGUUUCGACAAUCUCCAGCUUACUUUGCCAUUCGCUGCUUCAAUAACCCUGCAGGACUGCCUCGCGGAUUUGACUAGGUUGGAAGUGUUGACUGACUCAGCUUGUCGGAAAUGCUCACUAGUAGCUAUGCACACCUGCAUACAACAUGAGCUUGCACACGGUGGGAGCGACGAGAAGACUAGCGGCAAGAGCACCAAGAAAAGAGUGCGUGAGAUGCGCAAACUGGAAAUCCUGUUGAAAGCUGCGCUUACCGAGGGUCGUAUUGAGGAGGACAUCCGGGGGUUGAAAGUAGAGCGGGUAGUUAGUAGAGCGAGCAAACAAGUCAUGAUCGCACGGGCUCCUCAGAUACUGGUACUCCAUCUUAACCGUUCCAUAUACCAUGGUUCGGCGGCGAAAAACCCCUGUCGUGUUCAGUUCCCUGAGGUUUUAGACCUCACGCCUUUCACCACUUCUGGUCAAUUAUCUGUUCUCCCGUCUUCUCCCAUUUCCAGCCUUCCUCUGAGGCUCUCCACAUACCAAAACUCCCGUCGUAUUCUUUACAGACUCGCUGCAACCGUCUGCCAUUAUGGUGCCCACAGUUUCGGUCAUUAUAUCGCUUACCGACGGAAACCGAGCCAUGGUACACCUUUAUCCCCAUGGCUUCCCUCGCUCCUCUCCACAACGAACGAAGAUUGGCUAAGGAUAAGCGAUGACUCGGUUGAUGAGGUUGGCAUCAACUAUGUGUUGAGCGAGACAAGCGGGACAUUCUUGCUAUUUUACGAGCGAAUCAUCCCACAUCAGGACUACCCAUCACAUGAUUCAAAUGGUGUAGCUAACUUGGAUCUUGUGUCUGAUUCCUCCCAACUGGAUGCAUGCCCAUCACUUCCUCAAUGCCAUCUGACUCCUCGCAUUGUGAGAAGUCUUUCAACUGGAUAUGCAAGAGAGCAAAGCGCUGCUCACCCAAUUCCGCAGCAGACGCUGCCUGUAGACAAAUCUUCCAUGGGGUAGGCAGCACCUGUACAAAUUCCAAUGAUGGUUACUAGACCUGGUGAGGAGACACCAAGCUGGGUGAAGGCUACAUCAAAUCUAUAGAGGCUAUAGUAUGAGAAAUAUAAGAAGAGAUCUAAUGUAUUAUAGAUACCUAUGUUGUUGAAGGGUUGCUUACUAUUUUGGGGACAGUAAUGUUCCGUUCCCCCAUUUGCCUCAGGCCUCUGAUAUUCUGUCUAAAAAUAUGCUUUAAUGUGCUGUAUAUUCAACAGGGUGGAGGUAAAAGGCUACCGGGCCUUUACAACUACUCCGAGGUAUAUAUAUGUAAAUUACAUAUCUUGGCACAAAUAAAUAAAGAAAU